UAUAUUCAUGUCAGACGGAGAGUGGCACACCGUUCCCGCAAAGGGAAACCAUCAAACACAAGCUUCUGUUUCGCAAGGACGCAGAAAGUCUAAGCAAAGAGGAAGAGCAGCGACAGGAGGCGGAGGUGGCGGCGGAGGAACGACAGUGCCUACAAACGCAAAGCGCUCUACACACACAAAACCAAAAGCAGAGAGUGGAACUUCUGCUGGUGGUGCUGGUACUGGUGCUAGUUCUGGUACUGGAGCUACUGGUCCCAAAUCGCUCGAGAGACGUAAAAGUGUACCUGUAAAGGCCUCCACAACCGAAAAAACUGUUCACAUAGAGCUCAGCAACCCAUACCACCUUCCCGAAAACGACGAAACAGACGAAGAAGACGAAGAAGACGAGAGCCCUGAUCCGAUUGAUAUGCCUGUCCCACCCUACCAUACUACAAUCAUCAUAUCAUGUCCCUUUGACAAAUGCCCAUCCUCGGAACCGUUCACCGAUACAACCUCCCUAGUAUCGCACCUUCGCAAAGAGCAUCACAUUGUAUUUAACAAUUUACAUCACAUGUACAUGGCCUUGGAUCCAUAUCUGUCACAGUGGGCUAAGGAAAUUCAAUCAAAGUCACUUAAAGAGUAUGGUCAGGAAGACAAGGAAGAGAAGGGAGUUUAUAUUAUUGAUCCCGAACAGUGUGAUUUGGAUAAGAAGAUCCGUGAAGAAAUGCAAAGAUCAAAAUUGAAUGAAAUUCUACAGACCCAGCAAACCGAGCGUGGUCAAGACUCAAAGCGUAUCAGAAAGUGUUUAUUCUGCAAGAUUGUAUGUGACAAUAGACAAGCUUUGUUUAAACACAUGUUUUCCGAGCACAAUUUCAACAUUGGUCUCCCUGACAACCUUGUUAAUGUCAAUGAAUUCUUGGAUAUGUUGGAAAAUAAACUUUCACAUCUCCAAUGUCUUUAUUGCGAAAAGACUUUCACUAGCCCUGCUGUCCUCCGUAAGCACAUGCGCAAGAAGAAGCAUUUUAAGAUCGCAUCCAAGAACAGACAGUAUGAUAGAUUCUAUGUGAUCAAUUACCUCGAGCCUGGUAAAAACUGGGAGAAUUUUGAGCACGACACAUACGAGAGCGAUGACGAAAAACGUGACGAGUCUUGGGCAGACUGGGAAGAAGAAGAGUCUGAGCCUACAAUGUGUCUAUUCGAUGAACAGGUUUUGCCCUCGCCGAAAGAAGCACUUGAGCACAUGAAGCAAGCACACGGAUUUGAUUUGACUGCAAUCAGAAAAGAAAAGGGUUAUGACUUUUAUAAGACGAUUGUAUUGAUAAACUACAUUCGACAUCAAUCAUCUCUUGCUACAUGCUUUUCUUGUCAUCAAUCACUCCAAGACUUCUCUGACCUUGUAUCACACAUGACAGCCAAGGGUUGCCUCACGAAAUUUGUAAGCGAUGAUGCCGAUUUUUGGAAAGAUCCAAAGUAUCUAUUGCCUACUUAUGACAAUGACCCUUUGCUCACUGGAUUUGGUGAUGAGGAGAGUGAUGUGGAUGAAGAUUUGGACAUGCCUGAUGAUGAAGCCAAUAAGAAAUUCAUGUCACUUGUAGUUACAGAGGCCCUUGAGGCUUCUGGAAAAACUAAAGCCAAAAAGGAUGAACAGAAAAGUACAAUUGCACAACGAUAAUGAUAAUAAUGACAAUAAUAAUAAUAAUAAUACAAUACAAUAAAAGAUAGUAUAAG